UCCCCCAAUUACAUUACGCCAAGUGAAACCCACUUCGCCCUUUCCCCUUUGUCAUAUAAACCCUUGAAAUCACGCAAAAUUUCUUCCCUCCAAAUCUCCAACCAUCCCAACCUUCGCUUAUUCCCUUCGAAAACCACACCAAAAAAAAUUUCAAGAGAGAGAAAGUGAAGCUCGAAUCAGGAGCCCUCGUCGUCAUCAUCGAGUAUCAGUGAGGCAAGUGAUGGGAAAGGACGAUGAUGAGAUGAGGGGAGAGAUAGAGGAGAGACUGGUGAACGAAGAGUACAAGAUAUGGAAAAAGAACACGCCCUUCUUGUACGAUUUGGUGAUCACUCAUGCCCUAGAGUGGCCUUCCCUGACCGUUGAGUGGUUGCCGGACAGAGAAGAGCCUCCCGGGAAGGAUUACUCUGUGCAAAAGAUGAUCUUGGGGACCCACACUUCCGAGAACGAGCCCAACUACCUCAUGCUCGCCCAGGUCCAGCUCCCUCUCGACGACGCGGAGAACGAUGCGCGUCACUACGAUGAUGACCGCUCCGAUUUUGGUGGCUUUGGUUGCGCAAACGGCAAGGUACAAAUAAUCCAGCAAAUAAAUCAUGACGGAGAGGUUAACCGGGCUCGUUAUAUGCCACAAAACCCAUUUGUUAUUGCCACCAAGACAGUUAGUGCAGAAGUCUAUGUUUUUGAUUAUAGCAAACACCCAUCUAAGCCUCCACUAGAUGGCGCAUGCAAUCCUGAUUUGAGGUUGAGGGGCCAUAGCACUGAAGGAUACGGUUUAUCAUGGAGUCAGUUCAAGCAGGGUCACCUACUAAGUGGUUCUGAUGAUGCCCAAAUAUGCUUGUGGGACAUUAACGCGACUCCUAAAAAUAAGGCUCUGGAUGCUACAAAUAUAUUUAAGGUUCAUGAAGGUGUUGUAGAAGAUGUAGCAUGGCAUUUGAGGCACGAAUACUUAUUUGGUUCAGUUGGAGAUGAUCAAUAUCUACAUAUAUGGGAUCUUCGGACUCCUGCAGCCAGCAAGCCUAUUCAAUCUGUAAUUGCUCAUCAAAGUGAGGUUAAUUGCUUGGCUUUCAAUCCUUUUAAUGAAUGGGUUGUGGCAACGGGGUCUACCGAUAAGACCGUUAAGUUAUUUGACCUACGGAAGAUCUCCACUGCUCUCCAUACCUUUGAUUGUCACAGGGAGGAGGUUUUUCAGGUUGGGUGGAAUCCGAAGAAUGAGACCAUCUUAGCUUCUUGUUGUCUUGGUAGGAGACUCAUGGUGUGGGAUCUUAGCAGGAUUGAUGAAGAGCAGACACCAGAGGAUGCUGAAGACGGUCCACCAGAAUUGCUCUUCAUUCACGGUGGUCACACGAGUAAAAUUUCAGAUUUCUCGUGGAACCCAUGUGAAGAUUGGGUUAUUGCUAGUGUAGCUGAAGAUAACAUUCUCCAAAUCUGGCAGAUGGCGGAGAACAUCUACCACGAUGAAGAUGAUCUACCCGGAGAUGAACCUACCAAGGGUUCGUAAUCAAAGUACCCUAUUUAAACAGUGCUGAAGGAACUGAAAAAGAUCAUCAUCUGUUAAAGGCGACAUCUAGGGUUUUCGAUAUUUUCUUUCUUUAAUUGUAAUUUUCAUUUUCUUUUUGCAUUCCUUCAUCUUUGUGUCCAUGAGAUGUGUUCUAAUAUGUUGUUUCAACUGCAGUGUUAUUAGUUAUGCAGUCAUUGUUUGUAAAACUUAGCUUAGAAUUUAUAGGAGGAUGGUCAGAAACUGGGCUUCAGGCUUGAAGCCCUCUCAAGUCAAUCCUACCUUUUACUUGCCCUUAAUGCAGGUUGCUAGUGUUAAACCAUUAAUCUUUUUCUUAAAACAGAUUUUAUAAACUUAUUGAAUAAAAUUGUCUCUGAAUUGCCUGUCAAAAA